UCAAAGGCAGCAGUGAUGAAUUGGCUGGCAUUGGAGGCCCUGCUCAGCGGGGUCAACAAGUACUCCACCGUGUUCGGCCGUGUCUGGCUCUCCAUGGUCUUCGUCUUCAGGGUGAUGGUGUUCGUGGUGGCGGCCCAGCGAGUGUGGGGCGACGAUAGCAAGGACUUUGUCUGCAACACAGCCCAACCGGGCUGCAACAACGUGUGCUACGACCACAUCUUCCCUAUCUCCCACAUCCGUCUGUGGGCCUUGCAGCUCAUCUUCGUCACCUGCCCGUCGCUGAUGGUUGUGGGGCACGUCAAGUAUCGUGAGAAGAAGGAAGCGCAGUACUCCCACUUGCACAAGGGCAGCCAUCUGUACGCCAACCCUGGGAAGAAACGUGGGGGGCUGUGGUGGACAUACUUGGUGAGUCUGAUUUUCAAGGCAAGCUUCGACGCUGGCUUCCUCUACAUCCUGUACUACGUCUAUGAAGGCUACGACAUGCCCCGCCUGUCCAAGUGCUCGCUGGAGCCGUGCCCCAACACGGUUGACUGCUACAUAUCCCGUCCCACUGAGAAGAAGAUUUUCACGAUCUUCAUGGUUGUCUCCUCUGCUAUCUGCAUCUUAAUGUGCAUCUGUGAGAUGAUUUACCUCAUUUUCAAACGCAUCCAGAUCAUUAAGAGAAAAAAUGAUGCAGAGAGGAAGACGUUCAUAGAGAAUCAUGAAUUGACGCCGCUGGCAAAGCCCAGGUCAGAGUUUAGGUCCAAGAAUUCAAUCAGAGUGGAUCCUACAGCCUCCAUCCACAACCUCACUAACAUCAAGACUGAAGAAGAGACGUCUAAGAAAAUGUAAAGUGCUUUAUGGGAAAGGCCUAUUGAUAAAACUGUUUAAAACACUGAAGGGUUCGCUGCAAGCAAAUGCAUUCAUCAGACUCCGUGGACAAUGACUGCUCAACAUCAAAGAAAUAUCCAUCAAAUCCUGGAUUUCUGAGGCAGCUCUUUGUAAAUAGUAUAAUGCCUACAGCAAAGCACAUAUCAUGUAUGCAAAUAAACCCUUAAAAAAGGGGGAUACAGAGGAAGAUAAAGGGUAAAGAAUAUGUUUUUGAUUUGGUUUAUGAGUAUGAGUGAGUGGUUGUCUGUAUUUGCAUUUGUUUGUGUAUGUUUAUUCUACUACAUUAGGUUCUUUGUGAAUCUUCAAUCUUUACACACUUUAUCAAGAGCAAUCAAUUUUCCUGAAAAAAACACACUGCCCCUAUUGCAUUGACAAGAUAAAGCACUGAAGCGCUUACUUCAGAGGUGGAGAAGUUAUCGGCACAAGUCACUUAGGGGUUUUUGAUUUCAGAAACACAACAUGAAGAAAAUUCUAUUGACAUUUUGUGUUUGAUUUAGAAUUACUUAAUGAAGGUGUGAUACAAGUAUGAACACGUUCAUUCCACACAAAACAAUAGACACAGAAAGUCUAAUACAUUUUAUUUUUUGUAUUUAUUGUUCUGAAUCUAUAAAGCUAUAAAACUGUUAA